GCGGACACCUCAACCAAGUAACAACGCAUUUGGACUUUGUAUUUUGUUCUAACAACGUCGCCAUACACGUUACACAGCUUACAAUAUGGAGUUAUUAAGAUCAAGACAAUUUGUGGGUAAAGUUUACAUAUCUGCCUUGCUGAUACUGUCGAGCGUCGUGCUGUCUUCGUGCUACUGCCCGCGUGACAUGAUCAAGAACAUCAGCCACUGCGCCUUCCACAUCCAUUGUUACGGCGAUAUCCGAGGCGUGCAACUCCCUAACGAAUGCCGCGAGGCCACCAACGACCCUGUCACUGUCGACGUCACAGUCACCAACGCUAUCGAAUCAUUCGACGAUACCACAGACUUAGACUUCCUCAAUACCAUCACCUCUCUCAAACUCUCAGGACGAUGGCAAGAAACCAAACUAAACAUUCUAAUGUACACGUCCAGACUGCAACACUUAAAUCUCGUCAAUAAUGGCAUAGAGACCAUUUUAGACGAUCCCUUCUACUAUCUGAAUCAUCUCGAAGUACUUAAUCUGUCCUACAAUAAAUUAAAAGACAUCGAGGACCUUUUCCAGUUCCAAAAACAUCCGAACAAUCUAAGAAAACUAUUUCUAGCCUUUAAUGCUAUAGAGUUUGUUCCAGGCUAUGCUUUCGAAGAGCUAUCCUCCUUAGUCGAACUCGAUUUAUCCCACAACCUAAUUUCUGACCUUACAGAAGAACCAUUCUGUAAUCUUACUAAACUAGAAAUAUUAAGACUAAACGAUAACAAAAUAAAAGACUUAAAUGGUGCUGUAAAUAGCCUCCAAUAUUUAAAACAUUUGUAUCUGCGAGGAAAUCAAAUACAAAACAUUGAUGAGGAGUCUCUUAAAACUAUUAAACACUUGGAAACAUUUGACGUUUCGAAGAACGAACUAGAACAAGUCAAACCAAUUAUGUUGUCACGUCAUUGGGACCAUUUCACUAACCAUUCGAUUUGUAAAAUUAUUUUAUCCGGAAACUUGAUCACUAGUGUCCCAAACGCUUCGUCUAUAGAGGUAUCGUCCAGAUUCAGCAGGAACCUGGACAAACACAAUGUUCACCUGUACACGGAGUUAGAUCUCUCCCUGAAUUCUAUUUCGAACAUUGAGUAUAACGCCUUCCAAUCGUUAAUUCAAUUGAUUUCUCUCGACUUGUCAAGGAACAAAGUUAUAGAUUUCAAUGUAGACGGCAAUGAUCUUGCUAAUAUCAAGUAUUUGAACUUGAGCAACAACUAUAUUUCGCGAUUAUAUUACGGAACUUUCUCUUCAAUGACGAACUUGCAGAAUCUUGAUUUAUCCAACAAUCAACUUAAUUUCAUCCCAGAUAUGACGUUCAACAGUAAUUAUAAUUUCAAAGUUGUCAAUAUGACACACAAUGUAAUUGAGAAACUUGACAGUAUUCAUUUAACGUUCCACCCGGAAGGCGGUGUUUUGGACCUUUCUAAUAAUGGGCUAUACAAGCUCAAUAUACCUUACGGGGAAGGUUUGCGUUUGAUUACUUUGAUGUUACAUUCGAACAAUAUAUCGGAUCUCUCAUUGGUUGAUCUAAGUCAUCACACAGAGCUACAAACUUUGGACUUGAGUAACAAUUUAAUUGGGGAACUGGAUCCAUCGUGUUUGAAGCUACCGGAGGCUACUCUUAUGUAUUUAGACUUGUCUUGUAACAAAAUACAGUAUAUUGCGCCAUCAACAUUUAGCAGAUUGCGCCAUUUGAAAACUCUUCGUUUGAGUCACAAUUACUUGACCAACUUUGAGUAUGGCACAUUCGCGGGUUUGACAAAUCUCCUGCAUUUGGAUCUAGCGUAUAACAGGAUUCGGUAUUUAAAUUCAAAGUAUCUGAUGGAUUUGAAGUAUCUGCACGUUCUUUCGGUAAGGUCUAAUGACAUGAAUGCUUUGGAUUUGAGUAGUUGGUACGGUCAUAGAUUUGAUUUGAGGGUGUAUGUGGAUAACAAUAAUCUUACUUGUGAGUGGUUGGGUAAGGUGUUGAGAGAUUUUAAUAAUGGGUAUACGAAGGUGAAACCUACUGUGUUGGUGGCAGCUGGAAAAGGUCCGCAUACCUUGGAAGGUAUACCGUGUAUUGUGGAUGAGAGCGAACCUCUUAUGGACAAGUAUGGGCACGAGACGGCUGAUGAAAGGUUACUAAUCACCAGUCAAAAGAUCUUAGAAGCAGUCCGAGAGCAGAACUAUUACUUUAGGAAAUUCGUAUCACAAGCGAUACACAAAGAAGUGGACAAAGACUGAGUCAAAUCCUAAGGUGAUUCGUUCAAUAAGGUCAUAAGGUGUCGUAAGGUGUACUUGCGUUUAGGGUAUGUUUCACAAAUUCUUAUUAACUUUAUUUUAUUGUAACUGAAACAUUACUAGACGUGUGUUGUAUGGUCCAAAAUUUAAUUUAGUUUUCUAAAAAGUAAAAAGAAACUGCUUUAUGUUCCUAUACAUAAUUAAAAUACACGUGCUAUAUCUGUGCUAUUCAAUAUUUGUUAUUCACUUUUUAGAUCUUGAUAAGGCGUUUAAGUAAGUGUGUCCCUAUAAAAACUAUGAUUUGGUAUUAACUCAUACCUAAAAAUUAUUAAGAAACUACCGCUUCUAUAUUAUUUAACCGCUUCAAUAGGAAAGCUGUGUCGAGUGCUUUUAAAUUAAGCCUUAACUGGCGUACUCAGAACUAUGUAAUCAGUACCUACUUAAACUAUUUUAGAGAUAUAAUUACGCGGGUAUUAACGCGAAAAAUAUUUAUUGGAAUACCUUGGUAGGCUUGACGUUUCGACCUGGUUGCACAGAUCGUGGUCGCAAACAGACGUCAAACGUCAAGCCUGCCAAGGUAUACGUUGCAAAUAUGAAACGCGAAAGUUUAAAAGUUAGUACAUUAAUGAUUCCUAAGGUCUGGGUUAAGUACACAUUAAAUGUUUCUGAGCACAGCGAUUGCUUUAAAAUCUUAAAUUAAGUUUCAACUUCUAUUUCCCCUUGUAUUAAUUCUGAACUAGUUAUUUGGUUUUUAUUGUUUGAAAUAUACUUCAUUGUUUUAUUAGUUUAAUCACGAACGCUUAGAGAAUUUGUCUAAACGUUUUAUUAUGUAUUCAUUUCAUUUUUAAAUUGGUAAUCAGUUCAG